AUGUGUUUGCGAAGCAUUUCUCUUCUGUCGAAGCUGGUGGUCACUCUGGCUCUGCGUUCGUCCAGCCAAACUGCCUCCCAAGAUGCAACCAUUGAUUCAUACCUGGAGCUUCAUGCUGACUAUUUGAAGACGCUGGAUGCCGAAGAUGCAUCCAUCAUUAGCAAUGUUGCAGAAGUGGAGAGAACAUCUACGCGACCCAUCCUGUACCAUGCUUGCACGGUCUACAUUGCCUUUCUGGCAGCUCUCUACGACAGUCUGCUCUUUGACAGACCUCUGAGUUUCUUUUUGUCUGGGAAUAUGUCCUAUGCCGUGGCCAACCUCACAUGGCGAGUGUUUCAGGGAGCUGCGAAGCUGCCCUCGGUGCCGGAGCCGAACAACUUGACGGAGCGCUCCUUGGGCGCGGCGACGUUGAGCAGCUUCUUGAAACGAGCAGAGGAUACCGGCUUGCUAAAUGGCAACUUUGACCACGUGGUUGGUGUGCGAGAGCGCCUUCUUGCGGCCAAUGUCAAUGCUUUCGGAGGAAAGACGCUGGGUGAAAACACCUGGACCUAUCGAUUUGUCGCCACCUGGUGGACUCCGAUGGGUAUCAGUGGAUUUGUGAGCUUCCUGGAUGAGAUUUUUGAAGCCAUGAACUCCAGUCAAGAGGUCCGGCAGAAGGUGACGAAGCAGGUGUCAGCCAUGGGCUGUCUAUUAAACCAGCAGCAAGCAGUUCGAGCUUCUGAUUGCUUGGCAGAGGACAACAAGAUGUGA